UCGGGGUCGGGGUCGGGGCCGGGCCGCGGGGCUGCCGAAGCGGGCCGCGCGCCGUGCAGAGAGUUUUUAAGUUUUGUCCUUGGACUCUGCUUUGCGGGCUCAAGUCAGGAUAUUGAUGCUCUACCGUUGCUACUUACGACAGCCAGCGAUUGACUGGCUUCACUGUGUAAGGAGCAGAUGUCCCUGGUAGAUUUGGGAAAGAAGCUUUUAGAAGCGGCACGAGCAGGUCAAGAUGAUGAAGUUCGUAUUUUGAUGGCAAAUGGCGCUCCUUUCACCACAGACUGGCUGGGAACAUCUCCACUGCACCUGGCAGCACAGUAUGGCCACUACUCCACCACAGAGGUGCUGCUCCGAGCCGGUGUGAGCAGGGAUGCCAGAACCAAGGUUGACCGGACGCCGUUGCACAUGGCAGCCUCCGAGGGCCACGCCAGCAUUGUAGAGGUCUUGCUUAAGCACGGUGCUGACGUCAAUGCAAAAGAUAUGUUAAAGAUGACAGCUCUACAUUGGGCCACAGAACACAAUCAUCAAGAAGUGGUGGAACUUUUAAUCAAAUAUGGUGCUGAUGUACACACGCAGAGUAAAUUUUGUAAAACUGCAUUUGAUAUUUCAAUAGACAAUGGAAAUGAAGAUUUAGCAGAGAUAUUACAGAUCGCUAUGCAGAACCAAAUCAACACCAACCCGGAGAGCCCUGACACUGUGACGAUACACGCUGCGACACCACAGUUUAUCAUCGGACCUGGAGGGGUGGUGAACCUAACAGGUCUGGUAUCUUCAGAAAAUUCAUCCAAGGCAACAGAUGAAACGGGUGUGUCUGCUGUCCAGUUUGGAAACUCCUCUACAUCAGUAUUAGCUACAUUAGCUGCCUUAGCUGAAGCUUCUGCCCCAUUGUCCAAUUCUUCAGAAACUCCAGUAGUGGCCACGGAGGAGGUGGUUACAGCAGAGUCCGUGGAUGGUGCAAUUCAGCAGGUGGUCAGCUCAGGGGGUCAGCAGGUCAUCACCAUCGUUACAGAUGGGAUCCAGCUUGGAAACUUGCACUCUAUCCCGACCAGUGGGAUAGGCCAGCCCAUCAUUGUGACCAUGCCAGAUGGACAGCAAGUGUUAACAGUGCCUGCAACAGAUAUCGCUGAAGAAACCGUUAUAAGUGAAGAGCCGCCGGCUAAGAGACAAUGUAUUGAAAUUAUUGAAAACCGGGUGGAAUCUGCAGAAAUAGAAGAGAGAGAAGCUCUUCAGAAACAGCUGGAUGAAGCAAAUCGAGAAGCACAGAAAUACCGACAGCAACUUCUUAAGAAAGAGCAGGAAGCAGAGGCCUACAGACAGAAGCUAGAAGCUAUGACUCGUCUUCAGACUAACAAAGAAGCUGUCUGAUCGAAACAGAGAUGUAAUUUGAUUUCACUCUUGGUCAGAAAGCAUGCAGUCUCGAACUGUACACAGCCAGGGUGCCGCCGUGGGAAUGCAGGAGAAGAAGAGACUACCAGUUGGUAAUUGGACUUCAGCUCUGAGCUUUGAAUUCUUGUAACAUAAAACUUUAGAAGUUGUGAAAUGUAUUUAAGACUGAAUUCUGUAAAUAGUAUUUGUUUUCUUUUUUUUUUUUUUUUACAAGUCCAAAUGAGUUGGUAAAGAUUGUUGAUGAGAUCCAAAACCACAAUAAGCCACUGUUAUUGUGAAUUUUUUGAUUUUAGUAUGAACAUUAUCUUCUCAGAAACAGAACAGUUUUAAGGGUGAUCGUUGUUGGUUAGACCAAAUGUUGUGUGAUAAUUAUGGUAGACUGAUGCUGGAAUUACUCUUGUGGGUAUAAACUUCUAUAUGGAGAAAAGAUUUCUCCCAGGAAAUCUUUGUACAGCUUUAAGUUGUCUCAGAUUCUCUGAAAACAUUUUUUAGAAAGCAAAACUUUUAUAUUUGUUCAAUUUCAGCUAUACCCAAGUAGAUUUACAUGUAUAUGAAGCAAAUAUUUUUUAAACCUUCUGUUUGUACAUAUUCUGCAUGUUUUAUAAUUUCAAAAUGCAUCACUUGCAUAGCUAUUUUUCCCACAAAGAUGAUGAAAGUUAGCAGAAGUAAAUCUUUUAUUCUGUAGGUCAUUGAAACUAAGUAAGCUGGCAGCUGGUUUUAUUGGAAUGACAAUGUUCUUGGAAGGAGCAGCUUACAAGAGAACUUGAAUUUACAAGUCUGCGAAAUCUAUGCUUUUUUGAAAAUUUCAUUGUGGGGACGUGAAACUGUAUUCUGUGCCUUCCAUCAUGAUUUCCACAUGAAAGCACUUUAAGGCACUGGAUUUUAAGAUGAUGUUUCUGGAAAACUCAAUGCAUAUGGGUUUCUGCAAUAUUUCAAGGACUUAGCCUCCCCUCCCCCAGGAAAUUAUUCUUAUGGAAGAAACUGCUUUUGUAUGUAGAACCAGAACUUUUGUACCACAGUGAUGCUAUAGAUACGUCUAAUGGACCUUUCCCUUCUCCUGUGACAGCUCUGCGUCUUCCUGUGACUUGCUCUCAUCAUAAUAUUGUUAAUUUCCACAAUUUAUUAAACUGCGGUAGAUGUUCAUUCUUUUUUGUAAAACAUCAAACCCCUUUUCCUUGCUUUAUUUUUUAAUGUUUUAUUGCUUUAUGAAAAUGUUUAACCUGAAAACCCCUCUAGAUUACCUAUACUGUAUAAAGAAGCAAUUACCCUUAAAACUGUACUCUGGCCUACUUUUCUAUUUUACAAUUAAAUAUCUUUUCCACAUA